CUGCAAAUAAUGGUGACCCCCAAACUUUGAACUCUGGGUCAGGAGGUCAGAAGGCAAAGUUCAACUUCAGAAGAACCUCUGGCGGGUCGAGUGCAAAAUCCCCCGGAAGUGCAAUAAAAGUUCCUCUCCAGUUCACCGAUUCUCCUCACGUAUCAAAAGAGAGGAAAGUAUCGCAUCUUGAUAGCAGUGAAGAAAGGGCUGGUAAAGGAAAACCUGGCUUUAUGGCAACUCCAUCAUCCUUUAGCAAAGUGGGGAAUAUGAAACCCAACUCAAAUGUAAGCCCUGGAUGUCUGAACCAAGCCAGCAACGCAACACCUUCAACAAACUCCACGAGUAAGCCUGAUUUCGAUGGUGACUUUUAUGAUGACAUACAUAUACCCUCCUCACAGAUCACACCAUUUGCCAAGCCCCAACAACAAAAAGGCAAUAGUAACACCUUAAAAGGUACAUCCAAGAACUGGGGUGAUGUAGAGGAUACAGUUGAGAUAGAAGACUCAGAAAGUGAGAUUGAAGAUCAAGAACAAGUGACUAAAGAUAAUUAUCCAGAGGAAAACAAUGAGAUUGAAGACGAAUACUGGGACGUUGACGACAUAGGCUUAGAUGAGAUUGAAAAUGAUGGACUGAGUCUGUACGAAAGUGGCCAGUGCAGUUCAAAACAGUCUACGCAUACUGAGAACGUUGGUGAACAACAAAAGGGCAACGCACAAGCGUUCCAGCCGCCAUUUAAAACGCCAACACAUACAAUAAGCAACAGAAGCAGCACUAACAAUCGCACCAUGGAACAUACAUUUGAUGAUGAGAGUUUUUGGGGAGCGGAGGAUUGGGAAGAUGAGAGUUUGGUGGAGAACAGUCGGUCCAGAACAGAGACCAACAGAACUGCUACAUCGUCUGUGAAAAGUAGGACUUCUGGUUCGGCCACUACACAAGCAAGGAUGGGUGCUUCCUCGUCCAACACUGGACUUGCAUCAAAAGGUCCUCAGAGCCAGGCCCCCAAACGUCCGGACCCAAACGCAGAGUUUAACGGAACCCACUUCCCCCACUCCACUCGCAUGACCAGUCUCUUCAACAAGGUGUUCGGUCUGCACCGCUUCAGGACCAAUCAGCUCGAGGCUUGUAACGCCGCCCUGCUGGGGAAGGACUGCUUCAUUCUCAUGCCCACAGGAGGAGGGAAGAGUCUGUGUUACCAGCUCCCUGCGAUUGUCAGCGGUGGUGUCACCAUUGUCAUCUCACCUCUCAAGUCACUCAUUCAGGACCAGGUCUCCAAACUUAACGGUUUAGAGGUGCCAGCAUCUCACCUGUCAGGUGAGUUAUCCGUGCAGGUGGCAUCAGGUGUUUACACAGACCUGGCCAGGAGGACACCUCAGACCAAGCUCCUGUAUGUCACACCUGAGAAAGUUUCUUCCAGUGAGAAACUCCUGUCCACACUCAAGAGCCUGUACCAGAGAGGGCUGCUGGAUAGGUUUGUGAUAGACGAGGCCCACUGUGUGAGCCAGUGGGGCCAUGACUUCCGGCCGGACUACAAGAAGCUGUGUGUGCUGAGGAAGAGUUUUCCUGGUGUCCCCAUGAUGGCACUGACCGCUACAGCCACACCGCGUGUCCGGCGAGACAUCCUACACCAACUUGGCAUGACUGACCCCAGAUGGUUUGUACAGAGUUUCAACAGAACCAACCUGCAGUACUCUGUCAUGCCCAAAAAAGUCAAGUCAGCAACCAAGGAGGUCAUCGAACUCAUCCACUCAAGAUUCCGCAACAAGACAGGCAUCGUCUACUGUUUGUCAAGAAAAGAGUGUGAGACAGUUUCGGAUGAGCUGUGCAGGUCUGGUACCUCAGCCUGUGCCUACCACGCUGGCAUGAGUGACAAGGACAGGAUGCGCAUCCAGGACAUGUGGCCAGAACAUUAUAAGGUUAUCUGUGCCACAAUUGCAUUUGGAAUGGGAAUAGACAAGCCUGAUGUCAGGUUUGUUAUCCACUACUCCCUGCCCAAGUCUGUUGAGGGUUACUACCAGGAGUCAGGGCGUGCUGGGAGGGACGGAGAGGCAUCAGACUGUAUUCUGUUCUACAACUAUCACGACAAGAUGAGGAUGCAGAAGUUAAUCCACAUGGAUAAAGAAGCGACGUAUGAGUCUAGGAAGGUGCACAUGGACAACCUGCUGCGGAUGGUUCAGUACUGUGAGAAUGAGUCAGACUGUCGGCGGGCACAGCUCCUGCACUACUUCGGGGAGACAGACUUCAACCCUGAACUCUGUACCAGCGACCCCAGGACUACCUGCGAUAACUGCAAGUCUGAGGGUGCGUUUGAGAUGAAGGAUGUGACAACAGAAGCUAAGAUGGUGGUGGAGUUUGUGCGCAGCGUGGGGGGGAACAGCGGUGCCGGGAACGGCAGACGAGGCUGGGGAGUGCAGGGGUACACUCUCCUGCAUGUCACAGACGUCUUCAAAGGAUCUUCCAACAAGAAGGUGAUGGACACAGAUCACCACAAGUACCCCCUGUACAACUACGGAGCCACCUUCUCCAGACACGACGCAGAGAGACUGAUGCGUAAGCUGGUGACAGAGGGAGUGUUGGCGGAGGACCUCCACGUCGUCCCUCGUGUGGAACAGGUCGUGGCGUACGUCCGACUGGGACUCAAGGCAGACGCUGUCGUCAGUGGGAGGAUGAAGGUACACCUGGCUAUCAGGAGAGAUGGGCAGCGGGCAGUGGUGGCUAAGAACCAGGACAGUAAUGCUUCUGUGUGGGAGAAACUCUUCAUCGAACUACAGACACUGUGCAAGGACCUUGCCCAUGAGAAUAGCGUCCAGCCUCACCACAUAUUCCCGCCGCAAACCCUGCGCGAGAUGUCCCGCAAAGUGCCACGGAACGAGCACGACAUGUUGGAGAUUGACGGGGUGUCCGAGAGGAAGCUCUACAAGUUUGGGCCACAGUUUCUGGAUGUCAUUGACAACUUUGUCAAGAAUAACCCAGAAGUGACCAUGAAGCCCCAGCCCAAGCCUGCAGCAGCUGCCAGUGCCUCUCCCUACUUCCAGGGGAACCAGUACCAGUACAAGGGGAAGGGAGUGAAGAGGAAGCGGGGGGGUGGGGGCGGUGGUGCUCGGAAUAAACGGAUCAAACAGUCCAGGAAACAAGGAGGCGGUGCAAGGUUUAAGGGGAAAGGGAAAGCGACCAAGAGAGGACAGAGUAACAGUUACAGUGCAGCAGCGACCUCUACUGGUGCUUCAAGGAACUCCAGCACAGUGAGGGGAGGGGCACCGGGAAUGAUGCCCAUGCCAGCCCCUGGCCAGAAAAGGAGCUUCCUACAAGGGCAGUUUGGUUACAUGAAUACAUAAUUGUUGCAAUGGUGAGACUUCCUCCUUGUACUACAAGUUGUAGCAUUUGUCUGAUCUCCAAGUCCAAACCUAUUUUACAAAAAAAUUGAUAUUUUUAGCUGAUAGAUGAUGGUUCAUUUUCUUUAUUCACCAGUAUAAAUAAUUUUGGAAGAUUUUUAAGAUAUGUUGUGAAGAAUUAACAGGUUGAUUAUUAUGAUACUUAUACUUUUAAAUAUUUAUGAUACUUUUAAAAUUUUGUCCAUUUGGGU